AUGCUCCCAAAGCAGAUUCACUCAUCUUUGGCGCACACAGUCACAGCAGAUCUAACUCAAAACCCCAAAACAACAAGCUUCCCUUCACAGACUCCACUCCCCUUCAUCCUCCAAAAAUGCAUUGCCCUCCUCCAAAGCUGUGCCUCCUCCAAUUCCAAACUCAAACAAAUCCACGCCUUCUCUAUACGACAUGGCGUCCCUCUCUCCAACCCGGACAUGGGCAAGCACCUCAUCUUCACCUCAGUCUCACUCUCAUCCCCAAUGUCCUAUGCCCACCAUAUAUUCUCCCAAAUCAAACACCCCAAUGUUUUCACAUGGAACACCAUGAUUAGAGGCUACGCCGAGAGCCAAAACCCGAUGCCUGUAAUCCAACUCUACCGCCAAAUGCGUGUGAGUUGUAUCGAACCCGAUACGCAUACAUACCCUUUUCUAUUGAAGGCUGUGGCUAAGUUGUUGGAUGUGAGAGAGGGUGAGAAGGUACAUUGCAUUGCUCUGAGAAAUGGGCUCGAGUCGUUGGUGUUUGUUAAGAACGCUUUACUUCACCUGUAUGCGGUUUGCGGGCAGGUGGAGAGUGCACACAAGGUGUUUGAGUCAAUGUCUGAGAGAGACCUUGUGGCUUGGAACUCUGUGAUUAAUGGGUUUUCGUUGAAUGGAAGGCCGAAUGAGGCUUUGACUAUUUUUAGGGAGAUGAGUUUGGAGGGUGUUGUGCCGGAUGGGUUUACUAUGGUUAGCUUGUUGGGUGCUUGCGCCGAGCUUGGUGCUUUGGCUUUGGGUGGGAGGAUUCAUGUGUAUAUGGUGAAGUUGGGUUUGACAAGGAAUGCGCAUGCUAGUAAUGCGCUGCUGGAUGUUUAUGCGAAAUGUGGAAGCAUUAGGGAAGCGCAGAAGGUGUUUGGAGAAAUGGAGGAGAGGAGUGUGGUUUCUUGGACUGCUUUGGUUGUUGGCUGGGCUGUUAAUGGGUUUGGUAAGGAAGCGUUAGAGCUUUUCAAGGAGUUUAAAGCAGAGGGAUUGGUGCCUACUGAGAUAACGUUUGUUGGGGUUUUGUACGCGUUUAGUCAUUGUGGGAUGGUUGAUGAAGGGUUUGAGUACUUUAGAAUGAUGAAAGAGGAGUAUGGGAUUGUGCCCAGAAUAGAACAUUAUGGAUGUAUGGUUGAUUUGUUAGCUAGAGCCGGCAAAGUGAAAGAAGCGUAUGAAUACAUUAAGGACAUGCCUGUUCAGCCCAAUGCUGUUAUUUGGAGGACCUUGCUAGGAGCAUGCACGAUACAUGGUCAUUCGGCUCUUGGGGAGAUUGCUAGAGGCCACAUCCUGCGGUUAGAGCCUAGACAUAGUGGGGAUUAUGUGCUGAUCUCCAAUCUCUAUGCAUCUGAGCGUCGAUGGUCGGAUGUACAAAAGGUGAGGAGGACAAUGCUCAGUGAAGGUGUGAAGAAAACUCCGGGCUAUAGUAUUGUUGAGUUGAGGAACAGAGCUUUCGAGUUUACUAUGGGUGAUAGAUCUCAUCCACUAAGUGAUGAGAUAUAUGCAAAGCUGGCAGAGAUCACAAAAGUGCUGAAACGGGAAGGUUAUGUACCACAUACAGAGAAUGUUCUCGCAGACAUAGAGGAGGAAGAAAAAGAAAAUGCAUUGUCUUAUCACAGUGAAAAAAUCGCAAUUGCAUUCAUGCUCCUAAUUACCGCACCACAGACACCAAUUAGGGUUUGGAAGAAUUUGAGAGUUUGUGCAGAUUGUCAUCUUGCUUUUAAGCUCAUCUCAAGGGUUUAUGAUCGGGUGAUUGUUGUGAGGGAUCGUAGUCGAUUUCACCAUUUUAGAGAUGGUUCUUGUUCUUGUAGUGAUUACUGGUAA